AGCUCGGAAAGAGAGCAACGUUUCUGAGCAAAACAACAGUCUGGAACAAGGGGAGAGGAUGCGGAGAAGCUAAAUAUCGGUAAUCAGUACACGAACCUGAGAUUUUUGCCGAUGCUUCUUUUGUAAAUGUUGUCGAACCCAUGAACUUGGCCAGUCAGAGCGGGGAGGCCGGCUCCAGCCAGCUCCUCUUCGCCAACUUCAACCAGGACAACACGUCCUUGGCUGUUGGCACCAAAUCUGGCUAUAAGUUCUUCUCUUUAUCAUCAGUGGAUAAACUAGAACAGAUAUAUGAAUGCACUGACACAGAAGAUGUGAGCAUCGUGGAAAGGCUGUUCUCCAGCAGCUUGGUUGCUAUCGUUAGCCUUAAAGCUCCUCGGAAACUGAAGGUGUGUCACUUUAAGAAAGGGACUGAGAUUUGUAACUACAGCUAUUCCAAUACCAUCCUGGCUGUCAAGCUCAACAGACAGAGGCUAAUAGUAUGUCUGGAAGAAUCUCUGUACAUCCACAAUAUCCGAGAUAUGAAAGUACUGCACACCAUCAGGGAGACCCCUCCAAACCCUUCAGGUCUAUGUGCACUGUCGAUUAAUAAUGAUAAUUGCUACUUGGCAUACCCUGGGAGUGCGACAAUAGGAGAGGUGCAGGUCUUCGACACUAUCAAUCUGAGAGCCGCUAAUAUGAUCCCAGCCCAUGACAGCCCUCUGGCAGCUUUGGCUUUCGACGCAAGUGGUACCAAACUGGCCACAGCCUCUGAAAAGGGGACUGUGAUCCGAGUGUUCUCCAUUCCAGAGGGACAGAAGCUCUUUGAGUUCAGGCGGGGAGUGAAGAGGUGUGUCAGUAUCUGCUCUCUUGCAUUUAGUAUGGAAGGACUGUUCCUGUCUGCAUCCAGUAAUACUGAAACCGUUCAUAUCUUCAAACUGGAGACACAAAAGGAAAAGCCGCAGGAGGAACCCACAACUUGGUCUGGCUACUUUGGGAAGGUGCUGAUGGCCUCCACCAGCUACUUGCCAGCCCAGGUCACAGAGAUGUUUAACCAGGGCAGGGCCUUCGCUACAGUCAGACUGCCCUUCUCUGGGCACAAGAACAUCUGCGCACUUGCCACAAUUCAGAAGAUCCCUCGUUUGUUGGUGGCAGCGGCUGACGGUUACCUGUACAUGUAUAACCUGGACUCGCAGGAGGGAGGAGAGUGCACACUAAUGAAACAGCACAAGUUAGACGGAAGUGUUGAGCCAGCUAAUGAAAUUCUGGAGCCAACAACGCAUGACCGUCCAUUGGUGGCACAGACAUAUAGUGCCGCUGUGGCAAAAGGAUACUCCGAGGAUCAGGGAGCAGUUGGUGGGGUUGGUCUGGAUGAUGACAUGAACUCCCUGCGUUUGGAUGAAGAAAACGAGCAGCCUCCCAUGAUCCUUCAGACUGACUGACGUACCUUGUUACCUGUGAACUUGCCUCUUGGGUCGUAGAACUGUGACAUUGAACUCUCUUGUGCUGCUAAGAACGUGUAACUGAGUGGAAGAGAGAUUAAAAGGAGAGGAAAUUAAAAAAAACAAAAAAAAACAAACAGAUGUAGCCUAAUUCUGUAUCGAUAAAUAUAUAUUGUUUUUUUUUUUUCUUUCCCAGUGACAUUUAAAUCUUGCACAUCUAUGCUAGCUGUACUUGAUUUUUCUUUCGCCAAAAAAAACCCCAAAAGAUUGCAGCUGCCCCAUGCAGAUUCUAAACCUCUUAGCUUUGCAUGCACACAUGUGCCAAUUAUAGCAUCGAUACACAUAUUUAUUUGCGUUCUCUUUCAUGGUUUCCAAGAUGACUGUCGGAGCCGUCUCGCAGAUUGGGAUGUAAGAUUUGAGUUACGCUAUAAUAAGAAAUGCUAUGUUCCUGUUUUCUAGGUCAGAAUAAUUGUGGAUAUAGUCUUGUAAAAAUUGUGAUAGACGCAUGUUGACUUUUGUUUUGUUCCAAAGCCAUUGAAAAAGCAGAAAUAGACAAUGGUUGGUGCUGCUGUGCAGCUGUUUCAGUAUACUAGGCCUACAUAUUGGUCAUUAUCCCUGCUGGGUAGACUUCAUGGAAAGUCUAUUCCUACUUUUAAAAUGAAUGUCUGUAUCCGUUCAAUGGAUAGGCAUUUUGGCAUCGGACCAGGAUCAAAUACUAAGGUUUACCGAAGACGGAAUGUUGCUUUCACUUGCAUUAGUUCCUUUUAAACUUCUUUCCUCUAAAUUGCUAUCUCAUCUGGUUCAGUUGUUGAAUUAAAUAGCAUAUGGAUUACAGAUGUAUAGCCCUACCAUUUUGUAGCAGUUUGACAUCAAAGUUAAAUGCUUUUAUAAAUGACCCUUCUUUACAAAGAAGUUUAUCAUUUAUUUUUAUUUUUGUUUUCAUUAAAGAAUGUGCAACAAAAUGUUUAGCAAAAGCACAGAACCAGGGACACAUUUGCAGCCCAAGUUUAACAAGUUUAAAGCUGCUGCAAGAUCGCAGCUUCGUUCCAUUGGUAAGUUUACGGAUGUGCUUUCCAUUUAUAGUGGUUUACAAACUUGCAUUUCUGACUUCCCAAGGCAGAUGUUCUGUCAGUGUGUUGAAGGUGUGUGUGUUUUACAUAAAACAAGAGUACAACCUUUUAUUUUUUUUUGGCAGUUGCAUGUUUCUGGCUCGAAAAAAAAAAAAAGAUUUAAAGGCUUGAAGAGGCCCUUUUAUUUUUUAAUGUCAUAAGGUGGUUAAUCUGAUUAAAGUCAAACAAUUGUAUUGCAAGAAGAUGUAAGAAAUGGGAUAGAUACACAUAACUGUGUGUGUAUGUUUUCUUAAACAGCGUUCUGUUCAAAACCUUAGAAAUGGAGCCGUCUGGUUUGAAGCUGUUUCUGGAGGGGGUGCUGUGCCUUGGCAUGCGUUCAUUGGGGAUGAGAUGAAAGCUGCUGUAUUUACCUUGUUUUCUUUGCAGUGCUUGUGAAAUGACAUUAAACGACUGUUCCUAAAACAAAACACAUUCCACAGAAUGAACUGUCAAAAUGAGAAUACAGCAGUUGAUGGAUUUUUAUUUUUUAUGUAAAUAAAAGAAAGUUGAGUGUGA